AUGAGCAACAAAGAAGACCCGAGCAAGUGUUGCCCCGCAGCCGCUCCGAUCUCCAGUUUUACCAUCCAGUCCAUCCUGGGCAGCGGUACCUCGGAAGGGGGCAGGGAGCCCAGUUCCAAGGCAGCGGCCGCCUGGCCGGGCAGGAAGCGAAGUCUGUCCGUGUCCUCAGAGGAAGAGGAGCCGGAGGAGAGCUGGAAACAUCACGGCUGCUUCUGUCCUGAGUCGCAGGGCCCCAAAGAAACUUGCCACAAACACCAGCCCAUCAGUUUCACGUGUCUCAGCAAUCCAAAGGGAAAUGGAGGAGCAAUGACGGUAAAUACAGACAGGACGCAGUUCCUCUCCCAAUCCCAACAGGACUUGAAGGAGGAAAAAGAGAAACACUUCCCUCCAAACUCCCCGUCUUCCGGGGACAGACAAAGGGACGGAGGGGACAGACAGGCUAAUUCAGCCAAAAAGAAGACCCGCACUGUUUUCUCCCGGAGCCAGGUGUACCAGUUGGAAUCUACCUUUGACAUGAAGCGAUACCUGAGCAGCUCGGAGAGGGCCUGCUUGGCCUCCAGUUUGCAGCUGACGGAGACCCAGGUGAAAACCUGGUUCCAGAACCGCAGGAACAAAUGGAAAAGGCAACUCUCGGCAGAACUGGAGGCGGCCAAUAUGGCUCAUGCCUCAGCUCAGACACUAGUGGGGAUGCCCCUGGUUUUCAGAGACAAUUCCCUUCUGAGAGUGCCGGUGCCCAGGUCUAUCGCCUUCCCAGCCCCUUUAUACUACCCAGGCAGCAACUUGUCAGCCUUACCUCUCUAUAAUCUCUACAACAAGAUCGACUACUGA